AGCGGAUUUACGUCCCCUUCCCUUCGCCGCCUCUCCCGUCCGUGCCUUUCUCAUAGCCGAUUAGGCAGCAGCUGAAUUGGAUGGUUCUUACUGCUGUCGCCGCUUUUUCUCCUCUGCGGUCUUUCCUGGGAUUGCCGACAAUAGUGCGUUGUUGAGCCUCCACCCCGGUAUUAUCCCGUCGCAUUUUCCCCUCGAAUGCGUCACACCGUGCCGUUGGUUUCAGGCCCAUCGCUCCAAGUCAUCCGCGAUUCCUGAAAAUGCGGGGAAGUGAUUCCGCCAAACGCGAGACGGACCCGCUUCUCCCCUUCGCUGGUCCGUCCCCCCCGGGAAGCAGCUCUGGUGGAGAUCCCGAGGCUGAUGUCCGAGCCUCCGACCCAGCUUCGGCAGCCUCCGUACCUGACGGCGAGUUGGGGAAACGAGGCGAGGUGUGGUUGGUGGUUCAGUUCCUGAUAUUCGCCCUCAUCAUUUUCCCGCCAGAUUUUCUCUUCUCUUCCUUUAUCCCGGGCUCGUUUUUCGUACCGAGCAAGAUCUGGUAUUUGAACUACGUUAUAGGAGCCGCGUUUUUGGUUAUCGGCGUUUCGCUUUCUUCGAGGGCGGCCAAAAUGUUUGGCCCGAAUCUUUCCGGUUUACCCCGGCCGCCGGCUGGUUUGCAGCUCCAAACUGGCGGGAUGUACGCGGUAGUGCGUCACCCGAUAUAUGGUCUCGCCGUACUGAUCGCAUCUGGAAUAACUCUCCUUACAAACAGCACCGGGAGGGGUAUUAUGACAGUUGUGCUGCUGGUGUUUUUCGACCUUAAGGCAUCUGCGGAAGAGGGGUAUCUGGUUGAGAAGUUUGGCCGGCGAUAUGAGGAGUACAGGGAGAAGGUGAAGAAGCUCAUUCCAUAUGUGUACUAGUGGGUAACCUUUCAGGGUUCAAGAGGGUUGCUUGAUGGGUUGACAAGUAUGGCCGGCGAUUUGAGUAUUGGGGAGAAGGUAAAGAAUCUGAUUUCAUAUGUGUACUAGUACCAGUUGUGGUGAGUAGCCAAGAGGGUUACUUGUUUGAGCAGAAUGCGGGUGUAUUCCGGUUUUCUGCACUGGCCAUAGGAAGGAGGGGCGGGCUGCUGUAAUUGAGUUAAUGGGAUUUAUCAAUGAACACUGCUAUGUCUUCUGUGUCACUGAAAGGGCUGCCUGCGUGUUUGUUGAAGGGUGUGGGAUAUUGCCAGGAAAGCUUUGUGAAAGCCCUUGUCUUGGUAGUGUAUCA